UUCAAAUUGUAGACAACAUCACUGCAUUUGAGUCAAUUUUCGAGCUGUCAUUUCGUCCGAUUUCUACAUCUCAAAAAGACAAAAUCAAUUUUAUUCAUCACCAAGAAGUCGAUAGAAUUUACAGAAAUGGCAUCUAAAGUGUCCGGGCUUGUGAACUCGCUCAUUGUGCAAGGACGACCGAAGUUCAACAUUUUCUUGAAAUAUGCUAAGGUGGAACUGACCCCUCCAACACCAGGUGACAUUCCAGCCAUUCGAGCAGGUCUUGGUAAAAUCAUUAACGGUGCAAGAACCGGAGCCUGGAAAAAUGCGACUGUCAGAGAUGCUUGGCUAAACACUUUGGUAACAGCUGAAGUGUUCUUCUGGUUCUAUAUUGGUGAAUGUAUCGGUAAACGCCAUUUGGUUGGAUACGACGUUUAGAAUGCAAACUCUUCUAAGAAUAUGUAAAAUUUCAACCGAACGAGUUGUGUAAAAUGUGUUUUGCGAAUAAAUUUAUUUGAUUCUAAUAAAUAA